CAUUUUAAUCUCUUAUCAGGGUUGCUGAUUUCGUCAUUCGUCAUAUCUAUCCGCAAUCCUCAUACUUUCUCUAUUUUCGAAAGAUUAUGUAGUUCUAAUUACCUACUUUCUUCUUUCACAUACCUACUUGUGCCGGAGUCGAUCACGUAAGGAGAUUCAAUCACUUUUAACUUUCAUAACAUCAAGGAUUAUACUGACAAUAAGUCACCCAGUACGAGAAGAUGGGAUCAUCAGACUAUGUCAUUGGCGUUGAUGUGGGGACUGGAAGUGUCAGAGCUGCUCUGGUGUCAGCAGCAGGUACAAUGGUCAAAUCAGCAGUGAAAGAAAUAAAAACGUGGAAUCCAAAACCUAAUUUUCAUCAGCAAUCUUCAGAGGAUAUUUGGAAUGCUGUUUGUGCAACAGUUAAGGAAGUAUGCAACGGGAUUGAAAAAACUGCAGUCAAAGGAAUUGGCUUUGAUGCAACUUGUUCCCUAGUGGUUCUUGACAAAAAAUUGCAGCCUUUAUCUGUUAGUCCAAAUGGUGAGCAGACACAAAAUGUUAUUCUGUGGAUGGACCAUAGAGCCGAGAAAGAAGCUGAAUUCAUUAACAAGUUGAAUCAUCCAGUCCUCAAGUACACCGGAGGAAAAAUUUCCUUGGAAAUGGAAACUCCUAAACUAUUAUGGUUGAAACGCAACUUAUUCGAUACUUGUUGGAAAAAGGCUGGGCAUUUCUUUGAUCUCCCAGACUUUCUGACCUGGCGAGCAACAGGUGCCUUUUCAAGGUCAUUAUGCUCCCUAGUUUGCAAGUGGACGUACGUAGCUUAUCCUGAUGGCGAUUGUAAUGAAGACAGUUAUGGUUGGAACCUUGAUUACUUCCAGCAACUUGGCUUGGAAGAUCUUAGUGAAAACAACUGGGGGAAAAUCGGUUCAAUUGUAAAAUCUCCUGGAGACCCAUGCGGGCACGGAUUAGACAAAAAGGCAGCUCUUGAAUUAGGUCUAGCCGAAGGAACUGCUGUCGGAGCAUCCAUCAUUGAUGCUCACGCUGGCGGCCUUGGUUUGAUUGGUCUUCAAAGCGAUAUUGUUCCUCCCUCUUUUGAGACAAGAAUCGGCCUGAUUUGUGGGACUUCAACCUGUUACAUGUGCGUUGCCAACAAGCCCCUAUUUGUUGAAGGUGUUUGGGGUCCAUACUACAGUGCAAUGGUCCCUCAAAUGUAUUUAAACGAAGGCGGACAGUCUGUGAGCGGGAAGUUAAUUGAUUUCAUAAUAGAUAACCAUUCUGCCACACCCUCUAUCAAAGAAAAAUUGCCUUCCAAAAUGAGCAUCUAUGAAUAUCUUUCUUCCGUUUUGAACUCUUUAGCCGAAAAAAGUAAUGUAGAAAAUGUGGAUGAGCUUACCAAAGAUUUGCAUGUCUGGCCAGACUUUCAUGGAAAUAGAUCACCAUUAGCAGAUCCUUCACUGAAAGGAAUGAUAUGCGGUCUCACCCUCUCCAGCACUGAGGAAGAUUUGGCCAUUCUUUACCUUGCCGCUUUACAAUCUUUAUCGUAUGGUGCAAGGCACAUUCUGGAAACGCUUCAAGAUGCUGGUUAUGAAAAGUUCAGAGCUUUACUUGUUUGUGGCGGUUUGAGUAAGAGCCCAUUAUUCAUGCAGACUUUAGCCAACUGUUUACAAACUCCGGUACUUCGUCAAGAUUCUCAGGACUCCGUGUUGCUUGGAGCAGCCAUGUUGGGUGCUUAUGCAUCGGGCAUAUAUGCCAGUGUAGCAGAUGCUAUGUCAUCCAUGACAGGAUCUGCUCAAGUAACUUUACCUAAGACUGUGCUGAAAGAUUACAACCAAAGGAAGUAUAAUGUCUUUAAGAAAAUGGUGAGCGAUCAAAAGGAUUAUAAACUCAUGAUGGAAGGAAAAACAUCGAAUAUCAAUGGUAAAAGUCAAUAAUAAAGCAUUGAGGUUUUUUCUGUAUUGAAUCGUGCCUGUAGAACCAACGGAACAAGUUAAUCAGAAGCGCACCAAGUCGUAUUGAGUUUGAAGUGAGAAACGGAGGUUUGAAGUUUUAUUCCUCUGUAAGACUCAGUGCGCUAGACACUGCUUAGCAAAUAUCCUUAUUUUCAAAAUAUUUAUGUUGUCUUCGAAUAUCGUUAGGAGAGUUAUUGAAUUCUCAACUAUUCAUAACUCAUUUUUUUCAAAGUGCAGCUUGGUAAGUUUCUCCUAGGUAAAGCUGGUCUAAAUGGAGCCCCUUUUAACAACAAAUGUACCUUGUAGUUCAAAUAUGAAACACAUGUUAUUUUGACAUUGUAGGCCUGGAAUAUGUUCUGACUCCCACUUUUGCUUUGGAAAAAUUUCAGAGGUGGAUUAAGGCAUUCCGAACGGAGGAGGUGGAAGGGGGGGUCCAGGGGGCGUCCCGCAGAAAAUUUUUCAAAAUUUUAAGCAUCUAAUGAUCAAUUCAAGUCAAUUUUGUAAUGAAUAAUCCCCAUGUACAAGCGUCAUUCCUUCUCCUUUCCUUCGUUCCUUCCUUCCUUUUUCCUUCUUUUUUUUUUCCUCCUUUUUUUUGGGCGAACGGAGGGGGGGGGGAGUGCACGCACAUUCCCUAUGCAAUCCCCCCUUUCUCUAAUUACGCUGCUGACUGCAAUGGCUUGCAGGUAAUGUUAUUAAUUUUUGCUUUCUUUCCUUGAUGUGUAGCCAUUCCAAUCAGUUUUUUUUUUGGGGGGGGGAGGGGCUGAUUGUGAGUUUGCUGUGUUUAUAAUUGGAUCUUCGUUGAUAUUUUCAAUUAAAACCAAAACCAAGAGGUGAUUUGAUGCCAUUGUACAAAAAUGAUCACUCCACAAACAUAUUUUUCAGAAACAAUUUCACAUUCAGUAUCUCAUAGUUCUUUACUAAAGAUACGUUUUUUUGUAUUUUUCUUUAAAGACAGAUCUCUCCUGCCUAAGUAUGUCUAGUUUUUGUUGUCUUGAUUCUGAUAUUAUUCUUUUUUAUAAUGUACUCAUUUGUUAAUUUUUUAAAUUUAUGUACUAUGGCUGAAUAUACUUGGUGAAUUGUCACAGAACUCCAUAAAGCAUUUCAGAGUGUGAUUUCAUAAUUUUUUAGCUACUUAACUUUUUCUUUGAUUAAUUUUGUAGCAUGUAGCCAUUUUUCCAGAGAGUUCAGAAAGUGUUUAGGGAAUUCCUAAUCUUACAUUAAUCAAAAGUGAAGGGAGGAGAUAGCAAGUCUUCAGCAACUGCAAAACCUUUAUGAUCUUUAGUGAAUACAUUUCUAGAAAAAUCAUUUUAAAAUCGUUACUAACUUAGGUGUCUAUUUUGUUAAAAUCCUGAUGAAAAGUACUGUUAAAUUUUAAGAUUUUUAAGUUUACCAACUGCUGUAAGUUUUCUCAGCAUUUACAUUUAUAUUAUUGUUUUCCUCGUUUUUAGAGAAAAAAAAUUGUCACUUCUAUUUUUGCAUUUUUAUAAAUAUUUUCUAUUGUGUUAUUUUUGUUAGAAGACUGGGAACAAAAUCAAGCAAAUUAUUAUUCAAAAUAAUAAAAUAUUGAUUUGAACUUCA